AUGGGUAGAAGCGCCUACCUUUACCUCCUAACUUUAGGACGACAAUGCUAUGAACCCCAGCACCUAAGCCAGGCGUCGAAUCCUCCAGCGACGAACCAGCCGAACACUACACCUACGCAGCCUCGAAACGAAGCUUCUUCGGGCUCACAAACCGCGACAAAUGCUUCUUCUGCAUCGACGGCUCCGGUUACAGCCAAUCCACCCUCUUCGACAGCGGUAGCUCGGCCAAGUGCGCGGUCUCGUGCUCAAGCUUCCAUCGAUCUCCAACGGUCACUUCGGAAAGCCCAAAACGAUGUUCUCAAUACUAUUGGCCUGCAACUGCAUAAGGGCAGUGGAAGGCGCGAGAAGUCACGUGCAGAAAGAACGGCGCUGCAGGAGAAGGAGGAUGAUAUGGGAUUACUCCUUGGAGGCAUAGAUUUGGCGUGCAUGUACUUCUUUACAUGGCCUUUGAUUGGAAUAAGGAAUGAACUUCAAACCUUUCAGGGUCUUGAGGAUAUUCCAUACACCGAUCUUCUGAAGCUAAUAAUUGAGAACCGAUCAAUUUUUGACUGCUUUGCUGGAGUGUCGGCACAUAUCAUAUAUCAACUCGUCAACGUUUUCCGGGAGUACCUACAGUCACUGCUGUUCAAAUGGCUCAAAAGGCAGCCGGUGUUUCGAGAUCCGAGGACAAGAAAACCAAAUAGGCGGUUGCUAAACAUUCUAUAUAAGGGGAUGACGCUUUCGGCCUUCUUUUUGAUCUACCCAAUCUACCGCCACUCCGUCCUCCAGUCCCUCCAUCUUAUUCCAGCGACUCCAAUCCUUCCACCUAUUGCCGACUUCCACCCAUUCCGGGCAUUUAUCGGACUUUCAUUUACAUCAAUCAUCCGUACCCUCCUAUCACCUUCAACAUACCUUGACUCUCCGUACCUAUGGUCUUUGUUACAACAGAAGGCGGUCUUUAGACUCCACAUAUUAUUUCUAAAUAUUUUCAACAAAAGUCUCCCGAGAACCGAUAAAUUCGAGAAAGCCGAACUAAGCGCUGGCUUCGUAGUUGGUGAAGCAGAGUAUGACGAGUUUCUAAGUUUGAGUGAUGAUGACGGUGAAGUUGGAGAGUCGGGUGGUGAUGAUGACUUAUUAGCAGCAAUGAACGAACCUAUGGUUAAUGGGGUCGUUUUCGAUGAUAACAAUAGGGAUACUGUUAGGGGUAAUGGAAUAAUGGGAGGCGGUGGAGAGUGGGUACCAUUCCCCGUUGAUGAGACCGCAGGAGUUGGUGUUGAUGCAGCACCUGGGCCUUCAAGGGGGAAUACGGGUGGACGAAGAAGGGGGAGUAGCAGUGCAGUGGAAACACAAACGUUUACAGCUACAAUCACACCGGACACCCCGGUACUUGAAAGACACCCCGACAACGGAAGCAAUAGCGGCAUACCAGGUGACGAAAUUAGCCUCCUUGAUCCGGGAAGUAUAAACCACGAUGACAACGAUAACGCAGACGCCCGUUCUGGGAUUUCAGAAAUCGAAGUUCAGGUUACGACUGCGCAACGUCGUCAUGAUAGAGGUCAUGAUGACCAUUAUCAUAACCACCAUGAUCGUGGUCAUCGUCAUGGAAGAAGUGGGAGGGAUAGAUCUCGGAGGGAAAGAGAUCAAAGAAGAUAUAGGAAUACGCAUUUGUCGACACAUCCUGUUGAAGUGCUUAGUAGUCACAUGGCGGAUACAGUUGCUAUGGCGUUGACUUUGGGAUUGGAGAGUAUGGUGAUGAGGGCGAACGCUUUGACAUUGUUUAGGACCGCUCCGGGAGGGGAGGUGGUGUUGCCGCGGAGCAAUAUGCUUGUGCUAGCGGCUAAUGCUGGUAUGUUAGGGCUUAGUGGAGCGGGGUUAUUGGGCACCAGGAUGUUAGCUCCUGGUAUGAUAAGGAGGACGGGGAACGUGGGUAUAAUGUUUGGGAUUUGGGAUACAGGGAGGAAUUGGGUCAGUGUCAGCACGGCAUUAGUCAUGGAAUGGGGCCUUGCUUGGGGGUUAUUUGAGAUCGCGUAUUUUGUGAGCAGAUGGGUUGGCGUUGCAUGGUAUGGAUAUAGGCCGUGA